AAGGAUUCGACUCAAACGAUUCGUUCACGAAUCAGACGUCGCUACUAAAUCGUCUCUCGUGUCGGAUUGUAUUUCCUGCAGUGAGUGAAAAGCAAAGAGAUGCAACACGCGAUCAACUGGGCAAUUACUAUUAUUACUUAUUAUUUUAAUCAGUCUGUAGCGUUUUUGGAGUGAGCACAGAAAUUGAUUACGAUAACUUGGAAUUUUCCUAUGUGUGUUUGUUUGUGUGUUUGUGUAAAACAGUCGUUAGGAGAAUGUAAAUAAGGAGAGAGUUGCUAAAGCGCAUGUAAAGCAGCCGCCCUCCUUUUUCUGGACUGGACCGAGUUUGUUAUUAGACUCCCGCACGCCUCGAACCGCGAACGAACAGCUCGGUUUCAUUAGGCCUGUCAGUACUUGUCAUGGGCAGUUUAUAUCUCUCAAGAGGUCGGUGUAUUCUCCGGCAGGUGUUCUUCGGCCUACCCAGCAUGCUGCGGCGGCCGUACAGCCUCGACGUGUCAGCGCAGCUCCUGCGGACUCGAGCCUUCAUAGAAGGGCGCUGGGUCUCCGCGGCGUCCACCUUCCCCGUGUUAGAUCCAGCCACGGGAGAAGAGAUCGCCAAGGUGUCGGACUGCGGUACGAAGGAAGCUCAAGACGCCGUCAAUGCUGCAUACAAAGCUUUUCACCUGUGGAAGAAUCACACGGCCAAGGAGAGGAGCAUUUUAUUACGAAAAUGGUUUGAUCUGAUCAAUCAGCACAAGGAAGAUCUUGCCAAGUUGAUCACAGCAGAGUGUGUAGGGAAGCCCAUGAAGGAGUCUGUCGGUGAGAUGACAUACUCUGCCUCCUUUCUGGAGUGGUUUUCUGAAGAGGCCAGACGUGUGUAUGGAGAUAUCGUGGCACCUCCAGCCAAGGACCGCAAGAUCCUGUUACUCAAGCAGCCGGUGGGAGUGGCUUCUAUCAUCACACCUUGGAACUUCCCCAGUGCCAUGAUCACCAGGAAGGUGGGUGCAGCGCUGGCGGCGGGCUGCACUGUGGUGGUGAAGCCGGCUGAGGAUACGCCUCUCUCUGCUCUGGCCCUUGCUGAGCUCUCGGUUCAGGCUGGCAUUCCACCUGGGGUGCUUAAUGUAGUUCCCUGCUCAAGAGAAAAGACUCCCGCUGUAGGGGAGCUGCUCUGCACGGACCCUCUUGUGGCCAAAAUCUCAUUUACUGGCUCCACAGCCACUGGCAAAGUACUGUUAAGACAUGCUGCAGGGACGGUCAAAAGGGUCUCUAUGGAGUUAGGAGGACAUGCACCCUUUAUUGUAUUUGACAGUGCUGACGUAGAUAAAGCCGUUGCAGGAGCAAUGGGUUCCAAAUUCAGGAACUCAGGACAGACCUGCGUGUGCUCCAAUCGCUUUUUGGUACAGAGUGGGAUCCACGAUGCUUUCAUCGAAAAGUUGGCGAAGGCUAUGGAUGCUGAACUGAAGCGGCACGGCUCAGAGCCCACCACCACACAGGGGCCGCUCAUCAACACCAGCGCCACCGAGAAGGUGGAGAACCAGAUUACAGAAGCUGUGUCACAGGGAGCUGUCAUAGUUCGAGGUGGGAAGAGGCUGGAGGGCUCCUUCAUGCAGCCCACCCUGCUGUCCAACGUCAACAACGACAUGCUCUGCAUGCGAGAGGAGACCUUUGGACCCCUGAUUCCUGUUGUUAAGUUCAACACAGAACAGGAGGCACUCGCCAUUGCCAAUGCUUCUCCUGUUGGUUUAGCAGGUUACUUUUACUCCAGAGACAUCAGUCAGAUCUGGCGGGUGGCUGAACAGAUGGAAGUGGGCAUGGUCGGCGUGAAUGAAGGUCUGAUCUCCACCACAGAAGCAUCAUUUGGUGGAAUUAAACAGUCUGGAAUGGGCAGAGAAGGAUCUAAAUAUGGCAUUGAUGAGUAUCUAGAAAUAAAGUACAUGUGUUUGGGGGGACUCUCUCUUUAAAGCUGCUGCUGCUGCUUAUUAGCAGGCCGUAUGUCAUUUUCUAAGCAAUACUAAAAACAUGAAUCCAAAAAAACACUGUUAACCACUGUCUAUUAACCAUAUAGAACUGAAAAUGACUAUACAGAUACAUUUUAUUGUCAGGAUAUUUGUUGCACAAAUUGGUAAAAAUUGUACUCUUUGAGAUUCAUCUGCCAUCAAUGUAACCUAGUUAAAAUGAGAUUUUUUUUUUAUGCCUGAAAAAUAUCUAAACAUUCUUUAAAGCAGGAUAACUUAACUUUUAGUUCAAGAUGAAAUGAGAGAAUAUAUCUUCAAUAUAUAAAAUUUGUUUUAGACCGAAAACGAGACCCAGUUUACAGUGUAUAAAUGUAUCGCUAGGGGUAGAUACAGUGAGAAAUCAAAGCACAAUCCUUCUUUAGAAAAUCAUUUAAAUGUUCAGCUUACUAAGUGUUCUAUUUUGUAAUUCUAGAAAUAGAGUAAGACUGUUAAAAAUGAAUCGUUGACUGUGAUGGGAUGUUUUGGGUGCUCAUUCUGCUGGAUAGAAACUUCUGAAUUGAAGUACUGCAACAUGGAGAUUAGUCAAACAAGUUAACAAAUUUGUCAUUGUGGCCAAAUGUUGUAAGUGCCAGUGUAUUUUUUUAACCGUUCUAGUGUUGUUUUCUGAAUUUUUUUUUUUUUUUUUUUUUAAUUAUUGUAAAUAUUAAUUUUCUAUUCAAAUACCUAACUGUAUUGUGAAGUGUUGUAGGUAUGAAAAUGUUUAUAAGUAUAUAAUUUUUUUAACUUGGGAGUGAAAUUUUGCAAAUAAGCAAAUAAAGGUACAAAGACUACAUGUACAUCUGAAAGCGUUGGUAAAUAACCAACUUCUGCUGUUCGUUUAGUUCUAAUUUUCAUAAAUAAUAUAAAAUUAAGCCCGAAUAUGCACAUUAACAAACAGAAUUGCACUGUUAUUUUUAAUGUAGCUCAUUUUCAUUGCAUUUCUGAAUGAUUCUGUAAAUAUUGAACAUAUGGUUAUAAAACAGCCUUAACCUCUGUAAA